AUGGCUGGAUAUGGACGAAAGUCAGCAAGUGCCCCCGAGGAGCGAACUGGCAAUUCGGGAGAUAUAUCGGUCGAGCCAUCGCAAAUUGCAUUUCCAUUUUCUGAGUUCGAAAACUGGAGUGAAGCGACGAUCUGGGCAACUGGAGCGACAGCGACAAGAUUGAUGCCGACCCGAGCUAGGAACACAUCUCAGCUAUCGCGGAAGGAUUGCGCAGUCGUUCAGAAGUUAAUAUUCAAGUACAACCUGGACGAUGCUGCCUCCUUCCAGGAAUAUUAUAAAGGGGUCUUCUACAGUUUGCAAGAACAAGAAGCUUUGGAACUCUUGUAUGCAUGGGUUGUCGAACUGUGUGGUGGGCAAGCCCUCAUCUUUGCAACUCCCCCUUGGUGGCCCAAGACCAUCCACCAUACAUGUGUAGAAGACUUGGCGGAGGACGACAGAAAGAAACUCCUCCUGCACAUCCUUUGUGGGGACCACGAACAAGACAUUCAACGAGAGAUCCCAUUCAAGGUUCCAUUCAAGAAGCUUUUCGACCUGCUGCAAACUUCCAGUAUUGAAGGCAGCAGAAAAGUGAAGGUAAAGGAAGUGUUUGUCCUACGCAAAUUUGAAAUUCUCAACAAAUCGAGACUGCGCGGCGAGUUCGUGCUGGAGUUCGAUGUUCUAUAUGUGUCUGAAGGGGUGCGCCCAGUCGCGGAACAACCAAUCCCAGAACUUGUGAAGAACAUCCUCUCGCCUCCUGUCGUUGCAUAA